UCCUCGUUUUUCUGUAGUAAUGGAGGAGGAGUCAACAAACGAAGCACAGGGACCGAAUUUACUUUGUGGUGUUUGUGGACAAAGCUCUGCCCAGACGUGUAGAUUAUGUUUUGCAAACUUUUGCUCGAGUCAUUUUCUUGCAGAAAUGGACGUGCAGCGUAUGAGUCCUUCAUUAAAGUGGUACUGUAGAGAUUGCAAGAAUCUCAUUUGUUACGAAAACGAUGGUCAGUAUAAACAUUACAACGUUGAAUCAUUUUUUGAUGUGUUAAAAGAAAAGAUAAUCCUAGAAAAUGAACAGAUGAAAAGAGAAAUAAAGCCCUUCUAUGGAAAGGUACUAGAAUUCAUUUCGAAACAGAAAAUGGAGAUUCCUUACGCCUAUAAAACAGCCAAGGAACUUCUUGAUACAUGUGAACGUCUUUUACUUGAACAAGUAAAAAGUGCAGCACUAUACUUAGCAAAUGUUCUCAAAGUAAAACAAAGGACACAAAUGGCCCAUAUCGAACACCUUAAGAAUGUGUUUGAAGAAAAAAUGGACAAUUUGGAAAGUGUUAUACAACAAAAUACAGAUUUACUGAUCUCAAACGACAAGUCAAAAUUGUGUAAAUUUGAAUCAAAAAUUGCUACUUUUCACACUUGUCCCGAAAUAACUGGACUCGAAAAACCAGUAUUCAAACCAAAUUUGCUAGUCCAUGAAAAUUUUCCCCACUUCAUGGGCGAAGUAACUCAUCAACGUUCAGAAGACUCCAUUAUUCACUUUGAUAUCAAAACCAAUAAUUUUGAAAGAACUCAGAAAAAUAUACAAGAGCAUCUUGUUGCUUUGAAGGCUUUGAAGAGUAACUCUCCGACGAAAGGUUUUUUUGAUAUUGCUUGUGUCGAUUCCAGUAGAGUUUUAACGAGCGGGGCAGAAAAACGAGUAGACAUGUUGGAUGCUAAUAUGACAGAUGAGAGCCGUAUCCAAACAUACAAAGUAUCAUGCAAAAGCCCAUAUAUUACUAUGUCGUCCUCUAUGGAGAUUUUUUACAGUGCUAGAAGAGACAAUACUAUAAAGAAAAUUGAAAGUUUGGACUCAAACGAAAUAACGACCAUUUUAUAUUUUUUGAAAGUUGAACCACGAGGACUAGCGUUCAACUCAUUUGGUCACCUACUUGUCUGUGUGUACAGUAAAAAGGAUAAACGUUCUUUCGUCGAGCGCUAUAACAAAAAUAUGGAAAAGGUUCAAGAAAUCGAGCACAAUGGUGACAAAAAACUGUACGAGGAACCUUGCUUUGUGUGCUGCAAUCGGAAUGGCGACGUCUGUGUAGCAGACCACGGACUGAAUGCCAUCGUUGUUGUUGACCAGUUUGGGGUCUUCCAGUUCUCGUACCAGGGCCAAAACGUGAAAUCUUUCCGACCAUAUAGUUUGGCCACAGACCGUUUGUGUAACAUAGUGAUCACAGACAACGCUAACCACGAGAUUCACCUGCUGGAUAAAUAUGGCCAAUUUUUAGGAUUUCUGACGACUGGCCCAAAAAUUAAAAGACCAGGGGCAGUUGAUAUGGACGAAGAAGGAAAGGUAUGGAUUGGGGAAUCAAUGAGUGGGAAACUGCACGUGUUGAACUAUUUGGUCGAAAACAUGGUGGAAACUGAUGAUAUUUCGUCCACGGGACGAAUUAAUUGAUUGAAACAACAUUGUAACUGAAGUAGUGCAAUCUUAUGAAUCAUUUGCAAAGAAUCAACGUAUAUUAUUCAAUGCUUUUACAUAGAAUAUACUAUCUUGAUUUUAAUAAAAAUAUUUUAAGGUUUUCUUUAAGACCAUUAUUUUGUGAUAAAACCAGCGGUCUGUUUAAAGUGUUUUAAAAUACAGCGUUCACGAUUUUAUUCAGUUCUAAAAUAUACUAUAGGCCUAUGUUAUAUUUCCGUUGGGAUAUGGUGAUUAGUUCUGUACCAUUUGAUAUUAGUUAUCAUCCUAACUUAGUGUUUACUUGCCUUUAAAUUUGGCACGUGUUAAUCAGUGGUGUCAUUUACACCUAUUUGAAUACCAUAUUUAGAUAAAAAGUACAUCAGUAAAUUCAGGUAACCGUUUGCCCGUUCAAAGUUUGUCAUGAUAAUAACGAACGCUUAACGCUUAUUUUGGCUGAAACAAGUUCAUGUACUUGUGUUUACCUUAUCAAAAAUAUACAGGAAAUAAAAAUUAAGUUUACGAAUUCGUACAAGUCUGCUUCAGCUUCAUAUCGAUUAAAAACAAUUCUUGAACAUUUAUCUGGAGGAGUUUACUCAGGUAAAGGCAGAACUAUGGCUUACAAAUGAAGACAUUGACAUUUGAAAAAUUUAGUCCCUUAUAAUUUACACUUUUGUUUUUAUCAAAAUCCGAUAUCAAUGCUUCAUAUUUUGUUGAUGUCAUCAAUUUUGUAUUAACGUAGAUUUUAGCUCAUCAACUCUUUUUAUUAUUUUAAUAAAAAAAACUAAGACAAGACGUGAGCUCAAUUUACCACGUUUUUAUUUUCUUAUUCCUAUACAGCUAACUUUCUGCUUGACCGACAUUUCAAUGUUAAAUAUCACGUUUUUCUAUUAUGUUCAUGAUGAAAAUUAAUUAGCAUUCAAAUCCCGCAAAUUAUAUUACCUAAAUUAGUUUUUUUUCGAAAAUCAAUUAAACAGAACAUGACUGCUCGUCAAAUAAGAAGGAAAUAAAGAAUUUUUUUUUCGAUUUUUUUGUUAUGGAGAGAGGAACGCACAGAUCAAAAGAGAAA